AAUAAAAAAAAAAAAUUUCCGUUGAUGUUUGAUCACGGUUGUACCAUCAUUGUUCGAUUUGUUUGUUUACGUGGGAUCUUAUUUGUUGAUUUAUGGCGACGACUUACUGAUGAUUGACUGUUGAUGAUGGUGAUGAUGAUGAUGAUGAUGGUUACUAUUUGCAUACAGAUCCUAAUAUUUGUUACAAAUAUGGGUGUGGAUGAUCUCCAUAUAUUUUUUUUUUAAGUUUUACCAAGAAUUGUUUGUUUGCAUUUAUAUGUAUUGACAAUACGAUUGCAACCAACAAUUAUUAUCGACAAUGUUGGUGUUCUUUUUUCAAUUGGAUUUUUACUAUCAAAAUAAAUGAUCUAUAUUUAUUAACAUCGACAUAUCGUCGGCAGUAUAUUCUUAUUGAUCUUUCAUGAUAUCUUAAAGAAUAAAAAGAAGCAAAAAUUUUCUCAUUUAUAGCCAACUUUAUGAGCAGAUUAUUUGGUUUGUAAAUCGGAUAGAUUUUUUUUUCGAUUGAAAAAAUCCACCAUCAUCUCCACAAGUGAAGAGUGUUUAUUGUUCAAUGCUUCAAUUUUUUGUGUUCUUGUUUGUUCAAUUAAUUCGGCUUGUUCAUUCAUUAAUUUUGUUUCAUUCAAUCAAAUCACACAAUCAUCAUGGUACUAUUAGAAACAUUUGGUCAUUUGAAAAAAUUUCUUUCACCACCUAAAGCGGUGAUUGAUAAUAUUGUACAUGUUAUGCAUUAUCGUUGGACAACAAUGUUAUUUAUGGCCAGCUGUACAUUAGUUUCAUUAAGUCAAUUUUUUGGCAAUCCAAUACAAUGUAUAACGAAUGAUGAAGUGAAACCAUUUACGGAAAAAUUUAUCAAUACAUAUUGUUGGAUUCAAUCAACAUUUAGUGUUAAAACGGCAUGGAACAAAACAAUCGGCGUUGAUAUACCAUAUCCUGGUAUUGAUAAACAUUUAAAUGAUGAACAAAUUGUUUAUCAUGCAUAUUAUCAAUGGGUUGGAAUCAUAUUAUUCAUACAAGGCGUUACAUUCUAUUUACCACAUGCAUUAUGGAAACAAAAAGAAUCUGGACGAAUUGCUAAAUUAAAAUUGAAUUUGGAUAAAAUAUUUUUCAAUAAUGAAAAUGAACGUCGUGAACAGCUUAAAUCGGUGGCCGAAUAUUUUCUUAACCAUCAGAAUCGUUUUUAUUUCACGGAUUGGCCAUUAAAUUGGUUUAUUGUGGCCGAAAUUGGACAAUUCGUGAAUAUUAUUGUUCAAAUAUGUUUGAUUGAUAAAUUUUUGGGCGGUUAUUUUCAUCAAUACGGUCCGGAUAUUUAUCGUUUUAUUACAGAUUAUAAUAAUGAACAUAUGAAUCCAAUGGUACGGGUAUUUCCACGUGUAACAAAAUGUACAUUUCGUAUGUUUGGCAGUUCUGGUACUUUGGAACGACAUGAUACAAUGUGCAUUCUAUCUAUCAAUAUUGUUAAUGAAAAAAUUUAUGUUUGUCUUUGGUUUUGGCUUUAUUUAUUGGCAAUCAUUACCGGUUUAUCAUUAAUAUAUCGUUUAUUAAUAUUAUUUAAUCAAAAUUUUCGUUCCAAACGUAUACAGAAACAAAUUAAUUUUGAUGAUUCUUUACCACAUUAUCGUAUUGAUUUUAUUAUUCAACAUUUGACCAUUGAUCAAUGGUUUACAUUGAAUUUAUUAUUGAAAAAUAUUGAUCCAAUUAAUGGUUAUGAAUUAUUAUUGAUGAUGGAAAAAAUU